CGGGGGUGAGUGGACGCCGGAAGAAAGGUUGACACUUGCGACAAAAUAUUCCGAACAAUCAAACUUGGAAGGAGAAAUCCACAAAUUUCCUCCUCGUAACGGAACGAAUAGUGCUAUUUUCAUUUUUCGCGUGUUCCGAGAAAACUCAUUUUCAACGGAAGCGUCCGACUUCCAGAUGUGAGUUCGAAACUCCCGGUUUGUUAAUUUCGCAACUGUCAGGAGGAGCGAAAUUUGAAUGUGAAAAAUAGUUGAUCGUUUGAAAGAAACACUUUGUUCGGUAGCAUGGGGCAGCCCGGGAAAGUGCAGACGACUCUGCUCACCCCCGUGGAUGUGGUAAAAGCUGACUGGUUAUCGAAAGGUGUCAAUAGGACCCCCGAAAUGCUCGCUAUUAAGCCGCCGAGGCCCAAAAUUGUGGAAAUACCAAAAGAUGUGCCGGAAUACAUCAUAGACCCAGGCACUAAGACAACUUAUUUGAAAGGAAAAUUUCUUGGCAAGGGUGGAUUCGCUCGUGUCCACGAGCUGACUGAUCUGACUACGAACCAAGUGUAUGCCGGAAAGAUCAUUCCAAAGAGCAGGCUGACCAAGCCACACCAGAAAGAGAAAAUCCUGAGAGAAAUUGAUCUUCAUCGGCAGUUGCAGCACAAAAAUGUGGUCCGCUUCCACCAUUUCUUCGAAGAUGAACAUAACGUCUACAUUAUCCUGGAGAACUGUUCCAGAAAGUCUUUGGUUCAUAUUCUGAAGAACAGGAAGUAUCUAACGGAGCCUGAAGUUCGAUACUUCAUGCUACAGCUUGCAGAAGGUGUUCGCUAUACUCAUUCCCAAGGAGUGAUCCAUAGGGAUUUGAAGCUGGGAAAUAUGUUCUUAUCUGAAGAAAUGGAAGUGAAGAUUGGAGAUUUUGGUCUUGCAACACACAUUUCUAAUACUGAAAAAUGUGGCAGGAAAUUCACUGUUUGUGGCACUCCAAAUUACAUAGCUCCAGAGGUGCUCAAUAUGCAGGGACAUAGUUUUGCAGCUGAUGUAUGGGCUAUGGGCUGUAUCAUGUAUGCCAUGCUUGUGGGACAGCCACCAUUUGAGACCACAACCCUCAAUGAGACUUAUUAUCGUAUCAGUACGAACAAAUACACCAUCCCGAGUUCCAUGUCUGAUGCGGCUCGUCAUCUCGUGGCCAAAAUGUUGCAGCUCAAGCCAACAGACAGACCCUCCCUCGAAGAAAUCAUCCAGCAUAAGUUUUUUGUUGCAGGUUUCCUACCAUCCUCACUGCCAACUAGUUGUUGCAUAGCUGUUCCUAAAUUUCCCUUGGCUUCUUUUGUUAAAAGGUCUUCGAGUGAGCAAGAUGUUGACAAAAUUGCUGGUUGUAUUGUUGAUCUUCAUCUUAGCCCUAAGCCAGGUGUACCAAAGAUACCAGUCAAGUCUGAAGAAUCUUCCCCAAAGAAGGAUAAUUGUUUCCCAACAAAUAUCAGGCAAAAGCUGACCAGUGUGCUCUGUCCAGACAAAAUUGUGAAGAAACCAAAAGAAGUGUGUAAUUCUGCAAGCAUGUAUGACAUGAUUACAGAUGCACUUGAAUCCAUACCUGAAGACUGUGAUAGUAAUCCUCCACCCCUUAGUUCCAACCUCUGCCCUUUUAUCACAAAGUGGAUAGAUUAUUCCAACAAGUAUGGCUUUGGAUUUCAACUUUCUGAUCACAGCAUUGGUGUUAUCUUCAAUGAUUCCACCAGAAUGAGUAUGUCUUCAAACAAAGGGAGAGUUGAAUUCCAUGAUAACAAUGGAAAACUCAGCACUUACAGUCAUUCCAGUGUUCCCAGUCAAUUGCUUGAAAGGUUUACUCUGUUGAAAUACUUUGCUCAGUACAUGGAUGAGAACCUAACAGAGGGAGGAGAACUUCAGUCAAAAGAUCUAGUCAGGAAAAAAAUUCCUUUUAUGAAGAGAUGGUUGCGAUCUUCAAAUGCCAUAAUUAUGCAGCUUAGUUCUGGAACUUUGCAGAUCAAUUUCUUCAAGGACCAUACGAAGAUUGUGAUAGGUGGAGAUGGAACUGUUAUGUACAUAGACGAAGAUCGCCAUUCCUCUACUUACGCCUUGUCGGCACUCUGCCAGCAUGGAUGCUCCCCGAGCAUUCGUUCCCGCCUCCAGUAUGCAGCCUCAGUGCUGCAGGAUUUUGCUCAACUGGAAGGUGAUUCAGCCUAGUGGAGGCCCAUCUUUUCUUUCGCAUCUGCUGCAGAAUACUUAAUUUUGUAUUGACUCGACUGAGGAUACAAUGUUCGUUCCAUCGUUUUGUUGUGUUGUUCUUCCUUUGCAGCUCAAGUUUCCCUCGCGGAACAAAUGUCUUCUUUCUCAUAUGAAAUCAUAGAUAUUCGGAUUGAAACAAAAAGCGCACAUCGAAGUGGAUGGAUUUCAAUCAUCGCCAUUAAAUUUUAUGAGUUGAUAUUAUAUUUAUUAGAAUUAUCUUUAGUUUAUUUUGUUGUGUUUUUUUUUUUUUUAAAUUGUUCAAAUCGGGAGAAGAGGAAUGAUUAAAAAAAUUUAGUAUAAAUAAUGAUUGCACUAUUCAAAAUUUUACACUUCUUAUAAUGUUCUAUUUUGAUGAUGAAUCAUAAGUGCAAAAAAUCAAUCAAGAAAAGUGUGUUCCUGUUAAGAUAUUAUUUUAUUUUUCUCAUUUUUAGAUGGUUCAAAUUGGGAGAAGAUGAAUCAUUAAAAUUUGUUUGCAUAAAUUACAAUUGCACUAUUCAAAAUUUUACAUUUUUAUAAUGUUCUAUUUUGAUGCUGAAUCAAAAGUGCAAAAAAUAAAUCGGAAAAUCAUAUUCCUUUCAAAAUUUAAUUUUAUUGCUCCUUUUUUGCAUGCUGUUGAUCAACUGACAUAUUACAGUUGUUAAAGACUAAAUGUGAAGAUACAAAUAUUUUUCUCCGAUGUUUUCUAAAUGUAUCCAUAGCAUAGUCUGGUAUUAAUAAUUGAAUUGGUAUUCAUGUGGUAUAUAAUCUAAUUAUGCAGUUUGUCGGUUAUUUCCUUGGUGAUGGCACUGAAAUCAAGGGCGCCCAUAUAGGGGGGCUCAAGCCCCCCUUUGAAGUUAGAACUUUUUUGCUUUUGGUACUUUUUUCUUUGCAAAAAUGUAAAGCAUUUAUUCUCCAGCAAUUAAUAAAUAAUUUAUUAAAAAUGAAAUAUUUUAAUGAUUCUAAUCUGUCCUGAAAUCAGUUUCCAUGGAGAAAAUACCCUCUUAAGCCAUCGAGAAAAUAUCUGAGCCCCCCCCCCCCCUUUACAAUUUGCAUUGGGUGCCCUUGACUGAAAUGCUGUAUGGAUUUCAGUGACACCUCUGAAGAACCGUCAAUCUGCACAAUUUGAUCGCGUACUACGUAUGACACUGAAUCUUCCAAGUAGUAAUAUACAGUAUUAGAUCAUGUGAGUUUUAAUUGUAGAUGAUGCCAGAGACAUAGUCUUUGUAGUUUUUGAAUUUCAAACUGUGUCAAAGAUAUCUAAUUGCAGCAAUUGGAACAAAAACAUUGAGGUGUCUUCCAUAUAUGCUAUUAUAUGUAUAUAUUAAUCAAAAAAUUCAUAUUUUUUUAUAAAUUCUAAAAUGUCAUCAAAUUAGUAGUAUUAAUUUUUAUAACCAUGUAAGUAUUUUUUGUUCUAAGUUGUUCAUGAAAAUAUGUCCUGUAAAAACACUAUCCCUGCAAAAAGUGAUAAGAAUAAGUAUUAAGCAGGACUUAUGUCAGUUUGAAGAAAACAGUUUAUCUUUCAUGGUAGCGGUGUGGCACAAUUCAAGAAACCAUUCAUAUUUAUUGAUGUCCAAGCAGUUCAUGAAGACCACUUUAAUUCCUCUCAGUACAGGGGAAGGAACCUUUAAAGUAAAAUGCUCUUUAAAAAAGUUUAACUUUUAAAUUUUUUCAUUGUAAGUUUAACAUAGCUCCAAGAAAUGUAAGUUGCUACCAUUUGUUUGUUGCAUCAAAUAUCAAUAAUCAUGAGCAAUUAAUAGUCAGGGAUCUGUCCAGGAUUUUUCACUGGGUCCUAUUUUUGUGAAUUUUAAAAAAUGUUUUGUGAAAAAUCAAAUCUUUUUGUGAAAUUUUAAAAUGUAAACCAAAAGUUAUGCAUUAUAGAUUAGAUUCCUGAUUUGUGUAUUCAUUUAUUAAAAAAUGAAUCCAAGAAAGGUCUCAUUUGGUCAAUCAAAAUUUUGUGAAGGGUCCUUUUGAACUAAUUCGAUUUUUGUGAAGGUUCCUUUUUUACUAAUUCGAUUUUUGUGAAGGUUCCUUUUUUACUAAUUAGAUUUUUGUGAAGGGUCUUUUUGAACUAAGUCGAUUUUUGUGAAGGGUCCUUUUUAACUAAUUCGAUUUUUGUGAAGGGUCCUUAAAGGGACCCACAUUUCCUCUGGCCAGACCCUUGAUAGUGAAUGUUUAUUAAGUUCCCAAUGUUCCAUAAUUUUCAUUUACGUACACCUGAAAUAGUAAAUAGCAUUCUGAGUUGUACUAUAAUUAAAAAGCAUGUAUAGAAAAUUAUAAAAAAAUAUAUAUAUAAUUUUAGGAGGACUAAUUAAAAAUUUGAUUUAUGUGCUGAAAUGUAAAAACCUCAUGCUGUAAAAAAUAAUUAAUGCUCCAUUAUUACUGAAGGAUCUAAUUAUAAAUCAAUGUUGUGGACUUUUAUUCUUUUGAAUAGUACCGCCAGUCUUCCCUUGUGCAAAAACAAUCACUUCGCAACUGUCUGUCUGAACCUCAGAAAAACAAUUUUUUGAUAGUUAAUGAUAUGUAUUCAGUUUGUUGCAUGAAUGUUUGUAAUAAUAGAUGGGCAUUUGUAUCUCUUUCAAUAAGUAAUUUUACUAUUUUGAGAAACUGCAUUAACCUUAACAAAAUAAAUAAACAAAUUAUUAAUUUUUAACAAAUACUUUACUAAGUUUGAAGAAAAGAAAAAAAAAAAAUCUGGAAUUGAUUGAGAAGGUUUUGAAGUUACUGAAGAAAGCUGAUGUGUUGAUUAUGCAAUAAACCAACAGCUUUGUUAGAACAUCCCGAACCUACAGUUUCGUUUUUAUGGACUCUUUAGUGUGGAAUAGUCAAUAACCAAACUGGAGGCAGAUGUCAUCUCAUUCAAACUGAGAGUGCCAACUAACUGGUAGCUAAAAAAACUAAGCAUUCCGGCAACUCAUCAAUUGAAAGCAAAGCUUGUGGAUUAAGCAGUAAGUUACUGUCUUUAAGCCAUGUCCAUUAAGCUUAAGUUGCCGUGGCAUGAAGCAUAAAGGACGUUCAUUAAAAUUAAAUAUUCUCAACAACAGUUCAAAAAUACCUUUUAUAAGUAUCAAAUGCACAAAAAUUUCAAAUUAUAACCUAUUAAAUUUUGUUAAAAUAUACUUUUUAAAAAGUACGAAGAGGUGAUGUUUUGCUCAAAUUAUCUCUUGUGUGUCAUCUAUCACUGGAAGUGGUUCAGAUACAUAAAGUCAAGGUUAUGAGUAUUUUCUAACCUUGCGUUCGACGAACCUCACCGGUCGACCGGUAAGUAACCGGUUACUAACUGCAGCGUUCUAUGAUCAACCGGUUACCGCAUCGGUUACCAUUCUAAGCAGUUGAUUGGUUGAUUGGAGCACGUGAUCAUUAGCUGUCACUCGAUUAACUAACCGGUCGUGCUCGUCGAACGUAAGCUAAAAAUAUUGUGUAGUUGUUAUAAGUAAAAAAGGAAAAAGUUGUGAACCUUUGCUCUACAAUAUUGUAACAGAUGACAAAAACUACUAUUUUCUGUACUAUGUUAUAAUACAUUUACAAUUGGUUAUCUUCUUUAUCACCAUAAAGUUAAGAAUUUGUGUAUCAUUCAUUUGCAUGAUUGUUUUCAAAAUCCUACAAUAAUUCCAAUCAGACUUCAUUACUUUUAUAAUUAUAUCUCUCCAUUUAAGUGUGCAAAUUUGAUUUUGAUGCUACAAAAGAAAUUCUUAUUUUCAUUUUUUAGUGUCUUACGAAUUAAGCCAUAAAAUCAUCUGUGUUGUGUUUGGAGUGGCAUGUGCCAACUUGUGGCAGUGCCGUGUUCUUUCGUACUAGAACACUACUUUUGUGCCAAAUGUGAUACAGUUCUCAUUCCAUUCUUUCCAAACUGUGUGCUUUAACUUAGUACAGUGUUUGUGUUUAAUUUUGCAAUUAAAUUAAGACUGAUUUUUAAAUGUUAAAGUUGUAACUUUUCUUUUUUGUAAUCAAUAGUGUACCUUUCUUGUAAUUUGUUGCAAACUGUGUAUUGUUUCUGCUUUAAGUUUAGUUGUGUUAAAUGCCUGAUGUGUCAAUAAAUGGCAUUUUUAUAA